CCUUUGCUUCUGUUCUUUGGGAAGGCCAUUUUGAGGCCUCUACUAUCAACCACUUCAAAGAAAAAUGCGAGACAGUCAUAGUACUUGUGUUCCUCCUACACUCACGGCUGUAGUGAAGCCAGGGAGCGCACGGCAACGCAGCACGCAGGGUGCUUUGGUUACUGGUGGUUCUACACAGGGGCUUGAGAGGGAAUUUUCCACGACAACCUUGAAAAUUUCGCAGCAGCCAUUUUUCCUGCUACGCAGAGAAGAACAAGAAGCAUUCUUCAAUCUCCUAGAGGAUGGCUUGGUACAAGACUUCCUGUCCACAGACACGUGUUACAGAAUCUCAGAUAAGUAUCUUAUAGCCAUGACUAUGAUGUACUUUAAACGAGCUGGCCUACAGACAAAAGAAUAUACACGGAUCAAUUUCUUCAUAGCUCUGUACUUAGCCAAUGACAUGGAAGAAGACACGGAAGACUAUAAAUAUGAAAUCUUCCCCUGGGCCCUUGGCGACAACUGGAGGAAACUAUUUCCACAAUUCUUAAAAAUGAGAGAUGGCUUUUGGGCUAAAAUGAAGUACAGAGCGUUUGUUAGCCAGCGAUGUUGUGAUGAGAUAAUGCUGAGAGAGCCCUCUCACUGGGCCUGGUCCUGUGAACGGGCGUCUCACCACAGCGGGGCGCUGAGGAGUUACCUGAAGAAUGAAGACGACUUCUUCCCCAGAGGGCCUGGUGUUACGCCCCCGGUGUGCCUUUUCUGCGUUUUGGACAUGGAAGAAAAUGUGGCUCAGAUCACUCCCCCUGCCACUGAUCUGUUACCAACAGAGGUGUUGAAAGGAGAUUUGGAAAGCUGUCCUUUUCUCAUGUUGGAUUCAGAGACUAAUUACACAAUGAUGCAAAUCUUACAGGGACCCACUAUGGAGACAGAUGGAACAGAGAAAGAUUGGCAGUUCUUGGCUUAAUGUCUGAUGGCUGAAGACCCCCUCUGCAUACCGGAUU